CCCUCCCUCCUUUCGCCCGCUCUCCGGCCUCACUCCGUCUCCCUUCUUCCGCUUCACGAUCCCGACGAGCCUCCCCACAACUUCACGCGCGAUGCACGGUCUUACGGCGUUCGUUCUCGCAGCCCUGCCCCUCGCGGCGCUCGCAGGCAACCCCCACGAGGGCUCUUCCAAACAGAGGAGGCACCGUGCACGGAAUUUCAACAUCCGCUCCAAGACCUACAACCUCACGGACAAGUGGCAGGGCGACAACUUCUUCGACGGCUGGGACUUUUACACCGGCGCUGACCCCACGCACGGCAACGUUCAAUAUGUCGACAAGAAUACCGCCAUGUCCGAAGGCCUCGCCUACGUUCAGAGCGACGGCACUGUGUCCGUGGACGUCGACACCAAGAGCACGGUUGCCGCCGGCGGCCAGCGCAAGUCGGUCCGCCUCCAGAGCCAGAAGAGCUACAGCAGCGGCCUUUUCAUCGCCGACUUCUUCGCGAUGCCUCAUGGCUGCGGCGUCUGGCCCGCAUGGUGGAGCGUCGGCCCCAACUGGCCCGCCGCCGGCGAAAUCGACGUGAUCGAGGGCGUGAACACCAACAAGCAGAACCAAUACACCCUCCACUCCGGCGCCGGCUGCACGCUCGACAAGACGCCCUCCGCGCUCGCCUCCUCCUCCGCCAACGCGACCGAGCCCUUCACCGGCAACGUCCUCGGCACGCAAUGCGCGUCCUCCGACGGGAACAACGCCGGCUGCGCGAUCCAGGACGCGGGUUCGACCUCCUUCGGCCACGGGUUCAACAUGGCCUACGGCGGCGUCUUCGCCCACCUCUGGGACUCGACCGGCAUCGCGAUCUGGCACUUCACCCGCGCCGAGAUCCCCGCGGACAUCACCGCCGGCACGCCCGACCCGAGCACCUGGCCGAGCCCGUCGGCGUUGUUCAGCUCGUCGAGCUGCGACAUCGCCUCGCACUUUUACGAGCACACCCUCGUGCUCAACACCGACAUCUGCGGCGACUGGGCCGGCCCCGACUACGCCAACUCGGGAUGCCCCGGUACCUGCGUCGAGGCCGUCGCCAACGGCGCCAACUUCAAUUUCGCCAAGUGGAAGAUCAACUACAUCGCCGUCUACAACUAGACUCACCACAUCUGCGCGCUUCGCAUUUUCUCUAUACACCUGCCGCCCUCGACGGGCCUUCGCUUGGUCCACCUUCGCUCGUGCGUCGGCCGUCGACCGGCCUGCCCGAUGCAUCCACAGUUGCAUGCACGCUUCCUUCUCCUUCCUCUACUCCCAUCCAUACACUGCUGAAUAUCCAGGCAUCAAUCACAUCCAUCUGUAUCGUUUGCUCCAAUACUGGUACCCUCAUCGUCGCUCGUUUUAGCUUAUCUCCAUCGGUAGUUAUGGUAUGGGGUAUAUCUGGCCGUUCUCGGUCUCGAUCUUAGUGCGCCCUGGUGGUUUACCUUUACAGAGAUGUAGUAUUUGGCCGGCAAAUGUAUCAAGACAGAUUCCAUUUACG